UGCAGAUGGGGAGUUUGCAGUGACUCACAUGACCAAGGCCCACCUCUUCUUCUCGGGCACGGUGCACUGGGUGCCCCCCGCCAUCUACAAGAGUUCCUGCAGCAUCGACGUCACCUUCUUCCCCUUCGACCAGCAGAACUGCAAGAUGAAGUUCGGCUCCUGGACCUACGACAAGGCCAAGAUCGACCUGGAGCCGAUGGGUCAGGCGGUGGACCUGAAGGACUACUGGGAGAGCGGCGAGUGGGCCAUCGUCAACGCCACGGGGACCUACAACACCAAGAAGUACGACUGCUGCGCCGAGAUCUACCCCGACGUCACCUUCUCCUUCCUCAUCCGCCGGCUGCCCCUCUUCUACACCAUUAACCUCAUCAUCCCCUGCCUGCUCAUCUCCUGCCUCACCGUGCUGGUCUUCUACCUGCCCUCCGACUGCGGCGAGAAGGUCACGCUGUGCAUCUCCGUGCUGCUCUCGCUCACCGUCUUCCUGCUGCUCAUCACCGAGAUCAUCCCCUCCACCUCGCUCGUCAUCCCGCUCAUCGGCGAGUACCUGCUCUUCACCAUGGUCUUCGUCACCCUGUCCAUCGUCAUCACCGUCUUUGUGCUCAAUGUCCACCACCGCUCCCCCGGCACGCACAACAUGCCCCAUUGGGUGCGGGUGGCCUUCCUGGCCUGUGCGCCCCGGUGGCUUCUGAUGAACCGGCCCCUGCCGCCCUUGGAGCCCUGUGAGCCCGCAGGCCUGACGCUUAGUCCCUCCUAUCGCUGGCUGGAGACCACUGUGGACCCGGAGGAGGGAGAGGGAGAAGAGGAGGAUGAAGAUGGGUGGGCGUGUGCCUGUCAUUCACCCCCCGCAGUGGGUGCUCUCUACAGCCACGAGGACCUGCGUCCACUGGCCUCAGCUGCCAAGGCCGAGGCUCCGGGGCAGGAGGGAGGGCUCCUGUUGUCACCCAGCAUGCAGAAGGCACUGGAAGGCGUGCGCUACAUUGCUGAUCACCUGAGGUCUGAGGACGCUGACUCUUCGGUAAAAGAAGACUGGAAGUAUGUCGCCAUGGUGAUCGACAGGAUAUUCCUCUGGUUGUUUAUCAUCGUCUGCUUCCUGGGGACCAUUGGACUCUUCCUUCCUCCGCUCCUGGCUGGAAUGAUCUGAUUUCACGGCCCUGUGUUCACUCCCAGAGGGGCUGCUACUGACCGUCCUGCACUGCUUCUUCCUCUAGAAUAAACCUGCGGUGUUGCCCCCAUCCAAAUGCAGGCGCUUCUCCUUAAAGCACCUGAACUAGCCCACUCCUAGAAGACUUGGAACCAGCCACCUCGACAACGACAGCUCUCGGAGCUAAGAACUGGCCGAGCACCUCUUGUUCGGAAGGCAGAGGAGCUAACAUAAGGGAUGACACUUGCUCUCCAGACACCCAGGUGACGGUGGUGAGAAUGGGAGUCGGUGUGAGACGCUCCUGAAGGAACAGGUGCAGAUACUGCCAGGCCCUUCCCUUCUCGGCUACAACAUGGACUGCCAUUCAAGGCCCAGCUCAAACUCGGAGCUUGUUAGGAAGCACCUUCUGCAGGGCCCUAGACCCUUGGUACUUGGCAUUAUAGGUUUCUUUCCGAAAGACACCCUCCUGACUCCAGUAGGACCAGCAGCAGCCAGCUCCAUACUGGACUGCCUUCCCUGUCCUUCCUAAAGUCCUCCGUUGUGUUCCGGCUGACUCUGAACUUCUCAGUGGAGCCUGCUCCUCACUCUGAAAUGGGAACUGUCAAAGCCCUUGGCCACUUGUGGGAGCCAGGUCAGAGCUCAGCAGCUGACGGAUGCUGCUUCUCCACCAGGCAUCAGGCCCUAGGGUCCUACCCCAGGACAGUGUGGGAAAGCCAACAGGAAACCAGAGCCAUGCUUUCAGCUUCCUCCAGGACUCUGGGGUUCCCUCUUUCUAAGCCACCUUGACCUUUCCCUGGAAGGGGUCUUCCCUCAGACCCAGCAAGACCAGCUUGACCCUGACAGCCUCGCCCGAGAUUCCCAGUCCUCAGUGACCCAUUUCUCCCUACUCCUGUUCCAAUUCCUGUCUUGGCUCCUAGAGGUCACUAAUAGUGAUAGUUAGGUUUUGUGCCAACUUGGCUGAUCCAAGGUUCUCAGUAGUUUGGUAGAAAUCCUGUUUAUGGGAUUUAACACAAUGUAAUCAACUCUGUGAUGGGAUCUAACAUAAUCAACUCAGUAAGCAGCCGCAGCUGUGGUGGAAUGCAGCCCCCUUGAUGAGGUCACCGUUUUGAUGUAAUUGGAAGGAAAACUGUUUGGGGGUGUGGCUUGCUCCUUUUCAAAGCAGACUCCAUGGAUCCUGCAUCUGGUUCAUUAACUUCUUGCCAUGUUGCCUGCCCAUCCCAGGAGCCAUCAACAGCCUUGCUGGCCUUAGCUUGGACUUGGCCUCUACCAUCCUGAGGCCUUCGUGCUUCCUAGCUCCUCGGCCCAAGGUGACUGGAGUUGGGAGACAUCUCCAGCUUAUCAUCUGACCCACAGACUUGAAAUGGACCGGACUUACCCACUUCCACAACUGUGUGAGCCAUUUCUCGAUGUGAAUCUCUCUCCCUCUCUCUCAAACCCUUCAGCAUCACUGACCUUUCCUUCGCUAGCGAACCCAUUCUAACAUCCGAGCAUUUUUCAGGCUCCUUGUCCAUCUUGCAUGUAAAUCAAGGGAUGAAAUAAAACCUAAUCUGCACCUUUUA